AUGGAGAAUUCUCAAACGACCCCUAGUAGGCCUCGUCGCUCGCGUGGAAGAGGCAACAAAUAUCAGAAAUCAACCUUUCACAGUCAUGGUCCUUCGCAAAUGCAAACUUCUCUUGGAGGUCCUGCUCAGGCCAACGAUAUGGUCCCUUCAGCUUCUGUCAUACCUAACAAUCAGCCCAAGUUCAAAGAUUUGGGGAAUGAAAACCUCGUUCAUCCAUCAUUACUCCUCACACUUGCCGAGGAUCUGAAAUACGAAUACAUGACGCCAGUUCAGGCUGCUACCAUUUACCCCCUCUUAAAGGAGAACUGUGACAUUCUAGCACAAGCCAAAACCGGCACGGGAAAGACAGUCGCCUUCUUGGUUCCGGCUAUCCAAAGGAUGCUCACCAAGAAGCUAAUCCUAGGUCGGGAGGUAUCUCUUUUGGUCAUCUCACCAACAAGAGAGCUGGCAAUGCAAAUUGCCACAGAGGCACGCGCUCUCGUGCAGCGUUUCAAAGAAUGCAAAGUAUGCAUCGCCAUUGGCGGCACGAACAAGAGCACAGAAGAGAAACGCAUUGCGCAAGGCUGUGAUAUAUUGAUCGCAACCCCCGGUCGAUUGAUAGAUCACCUCGAGGGCGAAGACAGCGACGGUCGCGUAAAAGAGAAGCUACGGAAGCUUGACACGUUAGUUCUCGAUGAAGCCGACAGACUUCUGGAUAUGGGAUUUCUCUCCUCAUUGAAGAGGAUUAUCCAGUGUUUGCCUGAUAAGGCUAGUAGAGAGCGACAAAGCAUGCUCUUCUCGGCCACUGUCCCCUCCCACGUUCAGAAAGUUUCCCAGUUAGUUCUAGCUCAGAAUUACAAGUCCAUAUCUACUAUACCAGUAGGCGAACCGGGUACGCAUGAGCGUGUCGUUCAACACCUCGUCACAGUUCCGACUUUCUCCCAAGUGGCAUCUGCAUUGGUCGGUAUAGUCCGCCAAGAAGGAGCACAUGCGCCCCCUGGCACAUUCAAAGCCAUAAUAUUUGCACCAACAGCGCGCUUGGUGGAUUUCUACCUACAAAUCCUCAGCAAGACACCCGGUCUGCCGACAGUCAUGGCCCUUCAUUCUCGGAUGUCGCAAAGUAAAAGGGGCUCAAUCACGGAGCAGUUCCGAAAGUCUCAGAGCAGCAUCCUCAUCGCAACCGAUGUCAUCGCCCGAGGUAUGGACUUCCCCUCCGUCACCAAUGUUAUCCAAGUAGGUAUUCCCUCAGACAAAGAAUCCUACAUUCAUCGACUUGGCCGAACUGCCCGUGCAGGCGCCGAGGGACGAGGUACUUUCCUCGUUACUCAACACGAGUCUUAUUUCGCAACCCAUACCCUGAAAGAUGUCAAAUUCGUGGAGACGCCCGCAGACUUGAGCGCCCACCAAGAUGUCUUGCGGGCCGCCACAAAUUUAGACCCCGCCAUUCAAGCAAGCGCAUAUCAGGGCUGGCUGGGAUAUUACAAAAGCUACGUCAAGAACCUGCGCUGGGAUAGCCAGAGACUUGUUAAUGAAGCCAACGAGCUUGCGCUAAAUGGCUUUGGCGCUGCUGAAGUUCCGGGCUUGCAGAAAAGCACAGUGUCCAAGAUGGGGCUGAAAGGUGUUCAGGGGCUCAGAAUUGUCAAGCCCCCACCACGAGACGAAGAAGGUGCCGGAAAUAUGAACCGGCAGAAGAGUAAGAGACCAAUCAAUUUGGUAGAUUAA